CGCGACGUCUUGAAGAUCUCUCACACACCGAUGCGGCCGCUACGCGGUUGUUUCCGUAACUUCUCCCGAUGGCGGAGCAGCGGCCCGGGCGGGCUGCUCGCCAGCUACGACGCCGCCGUCGCCCGCGGCCGCAUCCGCCCGGACCCGGCUCAGCGAGCGGCGGCAGAGGCCUUGCAGCGCCUGCAAGACGGCACCCUUGCCGACUCCGGUGGCUCCGAGGCGGCGGCGGGUGCGUACAUCCACGGCCCGGUCGGGGGUGGCAAGUCGAUGCUGAUGGACCUCUUUUACGAGACCAGCCUGCGCGGCCCGCGCCGCCGGCUCCACUUCCACGAGCUCAUGAUCGACGUGCACAAGCGGCUGCAUCGGCCGCUCGAGAUUGUGGCGCAGCAGCUGGUGGAGGCGGACUCGCUGCUGUGCUUGGAUGAGAUGCAGGUGACUGACGUGGCCGACGCGAUGAUCCUGCGGCAGCUGUUCGACCUGCUCCUCGCGAGAGGUGUGACGGCUAGGCGCUGCACUAGCGCGGGGGACGGAUUCACUAUGGAGCGUGAGCCGGCGUUGUACGAGCGCGGACUCAACCGGAAGUACUUCCUGCCCUUUGUCGCCCUCAUCCACACCCGCUUCUCGAACCUCGCCCUCGCCGCCGCCGCGGACUACCGCACCUUGCGCCCGCCGAAUGGCGCGCCGGCUCCACUCUCUGCCGAGGCUUGCGGCGCUGCUGAAGAGGGGAGGCUGCGGGUGGCGAGGACCGCGCCGGGAGAGGCUGCGUGGUUCGAGUUCGCGGAGCUGUGCGAGGCAAGGCCCGGCGAGCCGGCGCGUGGCGCGCCCGACUUCCUCGCCCUCGCGUCUGCCGUGCGGACGGUGUACCUCAACGGCGUGCCGAGGCUCGACGUGCGGCAGCGAAACGAGGCGCGCCGGUUGGUCCUCCUCGUCGACGCCCUGUACGAGGCGCGCUGCGCCCUGCAUGUCGCCGCCGAGGCGCCGCUAGCCGAGCUGCUCUCGCCGCUGCUCGACGGAGGCGGCGCCGACACGAUGAUGGCCGGCGCAGAGGUAGCCGUCGACGACGCGGGCGCCGCCUCACUCCCGUUCAGCGUGGCGCCCGUCGGCGGCCGCUACUCGGUCGACGGCGAGCUGGCCUCCUUCUUCACGGCCAAGGACGAGGCCUUCAUGCUCCGGCGCACUCUCUCGCGGCUCACCGAGAUGUGCGGCCCGCAGGCGGAGUACUAG